AUGGCCGCUAAAGCUAUACCAAAGGACGUGGUGGUGAAGCUCAUCGUGGGCGCCGGCCAGGCCAGCCCCAGUCCUCCAGUUGGCCCGGCUCUGGGAAGUAAAGGUGUGAAGUCGAUGGAUUUUUGCAAGGAAUUCAAUGCACGAACGGCGCAUAUCAACGUUGGAACUCCGAUACCUGCACGAGUCACCAUCCGUCCCGAUCGAUCCUUUACAUUCGACCUCAGAACUCCGGUGACGUCCUGGCUACUGCUACAGGCAGCCAAGGUUGAGCCGAGAAAAGCUCGCAUCCGAGGCGGCGAACGUCCGGGCCACGAGACGAUUGGGAACGUCUCAUUGAAACAUGUGUAUGAGAUCGCGAAGAUAAAGCAGACGGAGCUUCGAUUGUCGGGCCUCAGCCUCCAGGGACUGUGUAUGAGCAUCAUAGCUCAGGCAAAGUCCGUUGGCAUCAAGGUCGUGCCGUAA